AUGGGAGGUAGCCGCGGCGGGCUGGCGGGGCAGCUGGGCGGGCUGCUGCGGGCGCAGCCCCGCGCCUCCCUCGGCCUCCCCAUGCUGCUGCUCGGCACCUACUUCUUCUACUGCCUGACGGGCUCCUGCGAGCCGCUGCCGCCCGCCGCCCCCGACCGGCCCGAGGAGCAGGCGGCGGCCGGGGGCCGGUCCGGUCCGGGCAGCCGGCGCUUCCCGCAGGCCAUCAUCGUGGGGGUGAAGAAGGGCGGCACCCGGGCGCUGCUGGAGUUCCUGCGGGCGCACCCCGCCGUGCGCGCCCUGGGCGCCGAGCCCCACUUCUUCGACCGCGGCUACGAGAAGGGGCUGCGCUGGUACAGGAACCUGAUGCCGCGGACUCUAGAGGGGCAGAUCACGAUGGAGAAAACCCCGAGUUACUUUGUGACCAAGGAGGCCCCCAAACGUAUUUACAACAUGUCCAGGGACACCAAGCUGAUUGUGGUGGUGAGGAACCCAGUCACCAGGGCCAUCUCGGACUACACACAGACACUGUCCAAAAACCCCACCAUCCCCAGCUUCCAGGCACUGGCCUUCAAGAACGUCAGCACGGGCCUCAUCGACACCACCUGGAGUGCGGUGCGGAUCGGCAUCUAUGCCAAGCACCUGGAUAACUGGUUGCAGUACUUCCCCCUUUCAAAAUUCCUCUUUGUCAGCGGGGAAAGACUCGUGAGUGACCCGGCUGGGGAGAUGGGCCGAGUGCAAGACUUCUUGGGUCUCAAGAGAGUCGUGACAGACAAACACUUCUAUUUCAAUGAGACCAAGGGCUUUCCUUGCCUGAAGAAGCCUGAAGGAAGCAGCCGGCCCCGCUGUUUGGGGAAGUCCAAAGGGCGGCCUCAUCCAAAAAUCCACGGGCAGGUGAUCCAGCGCCUGCAGGAAUUUUAUAGACCCUUCAACAUGAAGUUCUAUCAGAUGACUGGGCAGGACUUUGGGUGGGACUGA